UAUUACCAUACACUUCUUGUACUUUUAUGCUUCUUCUCAUCAGCAUAUGAAGAAUAGUGUCCUCUUCAGGUCGCUUAAAAUUGUAGUUAUGCUGCUCUGUUGUAGAAGCCUUGUCAUUUUGUUGGGUUAUUUCUGUGCUUUAAAAACAAAUUUAGAGGCAUCAGGUCAUCUGAGGACAAGAACUAUACGUCUAUCAGGGACCGAAACUUUCGUGAUAUUAAGUGGACCUAUAGAUAAUUUAUUUGGGUGGAGGGAGCCUGAAUGUCCAGAUAAUGAAAGCUUUGCAUAAUCUUAGCUGAGCAGCCUCUUGCAAGUAACUCUGGACAGCAUGACCAGGGAAAAUGGGAAAAUUAAUGUGUUUUUGGCAAACUCUGGGCAUUGCCAAUGUAUUUAGCUCUUUAUUCCAUGACAGGUAUAGACAUUAGUUCUGGUGCAUCAGCAGCAUGGUGCUGAUACGGAGAGAUACGCCACUAACCAUCGCCAUCAUCCUUUAGUGUAGUAAUGAAAAUCGCCCUCUCAUUUCUGAUUCCCUGCUGGCUUAUUGUUGCGGGCCAUUGAACAGAAGAGCUGGUCACUCCUCCUCAGUUUAAUGUGUAGAGGCAAACGGUGAUCAACACAAACCGGCUGUAUAUUGAUUACGCUGACGUCAUGGUUAAGUGGACAGACAAGGAGCGCAGCACGGUCAGUGCUGUUUGGGAAAAAGUUAACAUCGACGAGAUUGGACCACAAGCGUUGGCAAGGGUUUUGAUCGUCUAUCCCUGGACCGAGCGGUAUUUCGGUGCUUUUGGAGAUGUCUUCACUGUGACUGCUGUUUUGAAUAACGCCAAAGUGGCCGCCCACGGUAAGGUGGUGCUGAAGGCGCUGGACGAAGCAGUGAAGAACAUAGACAACAUCAGAGGCACAUACGCUGCUCUAAGCCGGAUGCACUGCGAAAAACUCCACGUAGAUCCCGAUAACUUCAGACUGUUGGCCGACUGCAUCACAAUUGCCGUCGCCUGCAAACUCAGGAGCGCUUUUAACCCUCAGGCCCAAGCUACCUGGCAGAAGUUUCUCUCUGCUGUGGUCGAAGCUAUGAGCAGUCAGUACUACUGAAGAGCAAAUCCAGCUGGAGAAAAAAUAAAACUCUUAUUUAAA